AGCAUCAAGCAAUCAAAUUCAACUUUUAAACCCUACGUGUUGGAGAUGUUGAUUACGGCUAUUUUCAUUCUGUGUUUCAUGAGUGCAGUAACUGCAAUUCCAUGCAAAGAUGUAAAUCUUCAAUCUGACGUAGAUUAUACUAAGGUCAAAGGUGAAUGGUGGCAGGCUCGUCACAGUCAUGAAUCUCGUUAUAGCGAAUUCAGUUGCUUCGAUACAAGAAUUUUUGGAGUCAACACGGAGCAUAAAUUAUUUUACAUGCAAGAAGUUGCUUCAGAAACAAGGCCCAGAAUUGGAACUGUUCAACUGUUAUUAAUGAGUACGAUGUGCUGGGGAUCAUGUGUGUCAGAACGUGAAGUGAAUAUCGAAGGACGUCUUGCCACCGAUUACGACAACUAUUUAAUUAUUUACCAAUGCGAUGAGAAGAAUCAGGCUGUCAUUGAUCUUGAACUCAAAAAAGGUGUAGACGCUCUAUCUGUAGAAAAGAUAAAUGAAGUGGACCAGAUUAUCAAAAAGAUUGGCAUGGACUAUUGGAGUCUGGCUGAAAGAAACCGAGGAAAUUGUCCAAGUCCAAAAAGAUAAAUUCUUUCUCAAAAUACGUCCAUGACUACUUUAUUAUCAAAUGUUUGUAUGUACGACGAAAUUAUGAACAAAUAUAAUGCAAAUUUUAGCCUUUGCAUACUUAAUUAUUUCUCUUUGCGUAAUAAUACCUAAUCAGUGUAAUUACCAGUCUUCUAGCGUGUAUCUUCAAAACAGAAGGUUGUUAAGUAGAUUUAGAAAAAAUAAUAAAAUUUGACAGCUGUUUUCAAAAAAUCAUUGUUUUUUUUCAAUAUUGAAUGCAACUAGAACUUCGUGAAUAUCUAUUUACACGUUGGUCAGUAUUAAAUAAACAAACAGUACUCAUUUAAGUUGAUUCUCAUUGAGUAUUGGUAAUAUCAAUUAGAAAGUUGCAAAUUUUCAAAAAUGUAUCUUCAAACGAUUAUUUUCUUCGUAGUUAAGAGCAUAAAUUGUUGUCAAAAUGUUUUAUGAUUAGCUUUAUGUUGAAUACCUUUCAUAUUCGUUGAAAAAAUACAUUUCUGAUCAAAUCAAUACAAAAAAAUGCCGAAAAGUCACUUCUAGAACUUAUGUCCCGUCAUUAUUUCUAGUGUGUGUUGUAACUUUAUAAAGCUAUUCUAUGGAAAUUUGUAUAUUAAAAUCAAAUACAUUGAUCUCUGACAUAUUGUAGUAGCUUUGGUGUAUAUCAUUUGCAUGUCAUCGUUCUAGUCAUAUUUAUCUAG